AUGGCCAGUCUAAACGCUGUUCUGUUGCCCAAGGCGGCAACCGCCUCCGCAUCAAUCUCGGCGCUCACUCCGCGGGCCCUCGGCAGCAAGUCGCACAUUGCACAGUCGCUGCCCGUUAGGUCUCCCGCGUCUCGCGCUCCAUCGCACGCGCAACUCGCGCCGCGAUGCGUGCAGGCGGCCGAACCGCCGCUAACGGUGCCUAAAGCGUCGUCGAGCCCGGCGGAGCCGUGGUCGCCGGGCAGCUGGCAGACGCGCAAGGCGUGGCAGCAGCCCGAGUACCCCGACAAGGCGGCGCUCGCCGCCGCGCUCGAGGAGCUCGAGCGGUGCCCGCCGCUGGUGUUCGCGGGCGAGGCGCGCGCGCUGGAGGAGAAGCUGGGGGAGGCGGCUCUGGGGAAGGCGUUCCUGCUGCAGGGCGGCGACUGCGCGGAGAGCUUCAAGGAGUUCCGCGCGGACAACAUCCGCGACACCUUCCGCGUGCUGCUGCAGAUGGCCGUCGUCCUCACCUUCGGCGGCCAGAUGCCCGUCAUCAAGGUUGGGCGCAUGGCGGGGCAGUUCGCCAAGCCGCGUUCCGACCCCCUGGAGACGCGCGGCGACGUGAGCCUGCCGUCGUACCGCGGCGACAACAUCAACGGCGACGCUUUCACACCCGAGUCGCGCGUGCCCGACCCGCAGCGGCUGGUGAAGGCGUACAGCCAGGCGGCGGCGACGCUGAACCUGCUGCGCGCGUUCGCGACGGGCGGGUACGCGGCGAUGGAGCGCGUGAGCAAGUGGGAGCUCGCCUUCAUGGAGAACCAGGAGCAGGCCUCAAGAGUUUCUCGAAACGGAGAUGCCAGACGUCCAGACCCCUUUCUCCCCCUCCCCCUACCAUCCCUUCCUACCCCCCUUUCUCCCUUCCUCCGCUCCUCCUCCCCCAUCCUCUCUCCCCUGGCCGCGCGCGCGCGUGGCAGGUACGAGGAGCUGGCGUCGCGCGUGGAUGAGGCGCUGGGGUUCAUGGCGGCGUGCGGGCUGACGGCGGAGCACCCCAGCAUGCGCUCCACCGACUUCUUCACGUCGCACGAGUGCCUGCUGCUUCCCUACGAGCAGGCGCUCACCCGUAUCGACUCCACCACCGGCCGCUGGUACGACUGUUCGGCGCACUUCAUCUGGGUGGGCGAGCGCACACGGCAGCUGGACGGCGCACACAUUGAGUUCCUCCGCGGCGUCGCCAACCCCCUCGGCAUCAAGGUGCGCACGCUCUGCCAUGCCAUGCACUCGGUUAUCACAUGGGUUCUCACUCUAACAGGCUCUCAUGCCACACCCAGCAGCGGCAGCGGUAGUCCCAUGCGAGAAUGUGUUGGGGGUGGGAACUGGUUGGCAGUUGCAGUGGUGCGCCGUGCUGCCGUUAGUGGAGUGCCAGUGAGUGACAAGAUGCCCCCGCAGGACCUGGUGGAGGUGUGCCACAUCCUCAACCCCGACAACCGCCCCGGCCGCCUCACAGUGAUCGUGCGCAUGGGCGCGGAGAAGCUGCGCGAGAAGCUGCCGGCGCUGGUGCAGGCGGUGGAGCGCGAGGGGCUGGUGGUGACGUGGGUGUCCGACCCCAUGCACGGCAACACCAUCAAGGCUCCCAACGGCUACAAGACCCGCGACUUCAACUCCAUCCGGGCGGAGCUGAGGGCGUUCUUUGACGUGCAUGAGGAGCUGGGAACACACCCAGGGGGAGUGCACCUGGAGAUGACGGGGCAGAACGUGACGGAGUGUGUGGGCGGCACCAAGGAGGUGACCUUUGACGACCUGUCGUCGCGCUACCACACGCACUGCGACCCGCGCCUCAACGCCUCCCAGAGCCUCGAGCUCGCCUUCCUCAUCGCUGACCGCCUCCGACGAGGCCGCGGCAAGCCCUCGCUCUGGCUCCAGGAGUGA